AUGUCGAGCUCCAUGGAGCCGCGGCCGCUCACGUCGGCCUUCGAGAGCCCGACCUUCGAUGAGGACAGCUCAUUCCAUGUGGAACAGCCGGUCGGGUCUAUGUCCAUUUCCCCAUGUGGGCGAGAUGUGGUACUUGCCUCCAAGGAAGGUCUGCAUGUCAUUGACCUGGACUCACCGUAUUCUCCACCCCGUUAUCUGCCUCACCAUACACCAUGGGAGGUCGCCGAUGUGCAGUGGUCGCCUUUUGCCUCCCGCGACUAUUGGGUGGUAAGUACAUCUAACCAAAAAGCUUUGGUGUGGAAUUUGGCCAUGAAGACAUGGCAGAACUCCAUUGAAUUUGUACUGCACGCACAUUCGCGCGCGAUCACAGACAUAAAUUUCUCGGCAUUUCAUCCUGACAUUCUCGCUACCUGUGCCGUCGACAGCUUCGUUCAUUGUUGGGAUCUUCGCACACCGUCCCGUCCGGUGAUAUCCUUUUCGGAUUGGUUUACCGGCGCUACUCAGGUGAAAUGGAAUCGCCAAGAUCCCCAUGUGAUUGCUAGUUCUCAUGAUCGCUUUCUUCGUAUCUGGGAUGAUCGCAUGGGUGCGUACCCGAUCCGAUCUAUCGAAGCUCAUGACACAAAGAUCUAUGGUGUGGAUUGGAAUCGUGUCCGGCGGGGUGCUUUAACGACAUGCUCCCUUGAUAAAACUAUCAAGUUUUGGGACUAUACCUCGGAAACAGAUGAACCCGAGAAGCUGAUCCGCACUCCAUUCCCUGUAUGGCGCGCCAGAAACACUCCAUUUGGAUGGGGUGUGACUGCUAUGCCGCAGAGGGGGAACAGCGAUCUUCAUCUUUAUAGUCGGCGAGCCGGCGAAGGCAGCAGUCCCGACGAUGACUUGCCUUUAGUGCACAGCUUUCCAGGUCAUAAAGGUCAGGUGAAAGAAUUUCUAUGGAGGCCCCGCGGCGGGGUGGUGGAUGGAAUUGACCACCGAGAAUUUCAGCUGGUCACAUGGGGCACAGACCGAGAGCUGCGUCUACACCGUGUCAAUCAGGAAAUCUUUGAGCGCGUUGGAUAUGAAAAGGGCAAAUCAUACAUCUCUACUCGAAAUGUGACUCGCCUAGGCGCAGUCUAUCGAAGUUUCAGAGAUGUCAAUUCGGAUCUAGACCUGGAAGAUGUAGACUCAGCAUCUUCGAUCCAACACAACACGACCACACAAUUUGCUGGGGGACCUGGAAUGAAUGCCAUUUCAGUCCCACAUGCUCGCGCCUGGACAAAGGGUGCCCAUGUCGAUGCUCGCAUGGGUAUGCAGCCACGAUCAAAUCUCAGGGCAGACACAAAUCCCAUUGCUUGGAUGCGUGGUGUGAAAAUCUCAGGUUGGGAUAUCGAGACUCUGGGAGACGAGAUCAGCCACGUAGGAGACAUGUUUACAAAGGUUGUCUUCGAAUCAGUUGAUGUUCGCCAGAGAAAGAUCACCAUAUCGCUGAACGGACCAUGGGGUGCAAAUGGGGAUAGCCUUUUUCUUAAAGUGGAUAUAAAAUUCCCGGUCAGCUAUCCGAAGACCGCCAUUCCAACCUUCAAUUGUCAAAAAACUGCGGCUGUUACCGAUGAAUUAUCUGGCAAGAUCACAGCUGAAUUGCGAACAAUUGCUGAAACAUACAUGUCUCGGAAACGAGGUUGCCUGGAAGGUGCUGUGCGCUAUCUUCUGGGCGAGAGUUCACUGGAGGAGAGUGUAGCAUUGGUCCUGGGUGAAACAACUGACACGAUUAAAUCUCCGAUCAACGGAGAAUUGGAAGGCGAAUCCAGCGACGAAGACGAAGUCGGUAUGACACAAAGUCAGGAGCUGGGAAUGAGCUCUGAGCUGCUCCGCCCAGUGAAUGCCAAUGUUAUGGUCCCAGUAGCAAAAGGAUGCGGUGCGCUGUGGGCAAACGAUGGCCGCCUGAUCUGCUUUUUCCCUGCUAAGAAGGACAAAUCCAUCGCUCUGUUUGACAAUCUUGGGUUCAAAGAGAUGAGCAGAUUGUCACGGACAGACAAAGUUUUUGAAGGGUUCGGGCGCCUGCAGACUAGCUCCCCGGGACCACGUAUGACCGGUACAAUCACAAGCACGGCCGAUGGUGCAUCCGAUGACUCCGAUGAUUCAUACUCCGAGACCUCGAGCUCGUCAGGCUCUUCUGAUAUUCUGUCUGGACUACCUGUGACUCGUUUCCAGCCACCACAGACUUGGCGCAGUGCCGGUAGUAUGGGGAUUUACCGGCCUCGAUCUACGGAUAAUUCGCAGCGAUCCAUUGGUGGUGCCAUGACAAGCAAAUCCGCCGAUUCAACUCAAAAUGUAGUUUCUAUUCAUGACUUCAGCGAUCUGUUACCCGUCAAACGGGAAUUGGCCAGCAAGUAUCGCAUUUGCGGCGAAGGGACAGUUGUAUGCGCUCAUAAUGCUGCAGUUGCCCUGGAUGCUGGAUAUUACGAACUGGCUCAAAUAUGGGGUCUGAUCAAGCUGAUCUUGCACAUCCAGCGAAAACCGGUGUCUCCUAUAGAGACCAAGCUGGGGACAAGACGGGCAUUAAGAAAAGAACGCCUCGAUAUUAGCCAAAGCCUGGGCAAAAACGCAAUUUACAAAGAUGUUGCUAAUAGUGUUAUUCGAUGGGGUGAUCACCCCUUGGGUAGCCACUGGCUUGUCUCCGCCCUAUUCGAUCAUUUUGAGCGUAUCGGCGACGUGCAAAUGGUCGCUAUGCUCUCUUGUGUCCUCUUUGAACCCAACAAGGAAGGACGCUCAGAAAAAGUGAAAGGAACGCACCCCGAACAACAGGAUUUCUCCUUGGACUUUGGGUCUGUGACCUCGACUGUACAGAACAAAUCACUGGCCACUACCCCGGCUUCAUCCGUCCCAAAAGAGCCCCAAGCCAUACCGCCCCACACGUCAGCAAGGUCAUCGAGCGAGCUUUGGCGUGUUGACUCCACACCCCCUUAUUCUACCGGCACUACACCCCCUUACCUAUCCCGCCCACGCGGCAUAGCCGCUAAUCGGAAAGCACAGAGUCAAAAUGUAUCCAUUGCGGCUUCGCCUGAUCAGCAGUCUCAUCCACGAAGUGGGUCCGGGUUUGGCUCGGUCCUAGCAUCUUCACUAUCACGCUCAUUCACAUUCGGGCCAUCAUCGGCAUCUCCUCCAGUAACUCACCUUAGCAAGAAGAAACAAAGCCCAGCCGAGAGCCCGAGCGUGGUAACUGUUCAAGCGCCCUUUUCUGAUACCGAAAGCGAUCAGCCUCCUCCCAAGAUCAUGAAGCCUGCCGCACGGUUCAAAGUCACUUUCAAAAAUCAAAGUGAAUUUGAUGGCGACGAGUCUACACCAGGCUAUUGCCUUCUAGACCGAAGCAAAGAGUGGCUUUGGAAAUCGUACCGUGCUGCGUAUUCCGAUAUAUUGUCGAUGUGGGAUCUGCCUAUCCAACAAGCCGAGGUCCUCAAGAUUGGCGAGGUGGCCGACGAUAUAGAUGACAUGCACAUGAGCCAUUAUUGGAACAGCAACGGUUCCAAGAUGUCCCCACUUCGUGAAUCGACAAAGCGUGAUGCCAUGGAAGGUCUCGAGGGUCUUGAUUUCCAACGUCACUGUGCGAAUUGCGGUCAUGCCUUGCAAACCUCCAUUUUUGCUCCGACGCCCGUGGCUCCCGAUACACCAUCCAAGCACAAUCGUCAGACUUCAUUCCGCCGUUGUUCGAACUGCAAUCCUCGACAAGCACUACCCACCAAGCUUCCUUGUGUGAUCUGUCGUGAGGUUGUGGAUGGAAUGCUGGUACCAUGUCUCAGCUGUGGCCACGUGAGCUGUUUCGACUGUCACCAACGCUGGUUCCUUCCACCUGCUGAUCUCAAAAACCCUGCCGACUUCCCUCCUCCACCUUGUCCAAGCGGAUGUGGCUGCAACUGCUUUGAACAUGUCACAGCUGCUGUGCCGAUGCCGGCGUGGGAGCCAACCUCUCCCAACCCGACAGAAACUCCUGCUGGUCCCACUCAGACACUCGCUCAAGAAAAGCGUCACCGUCGUCGGCAGUCUGAACCUGCAGGAAACAAUAAUUCGGGUCGAAGUACGCCCACCGUGAAAACGGCCCUGGGUCAACAAGAAAAUGAAUUGGAUAUGUUCCAAACCUCUUCACCUUUUGCAUCUCUCGCACGAGGUAUGGGCGGUGGACUCAGCCAGGGUCUACGCUCGAAGGAGGAGCACCGGAGAAAGAAUCGCUCCGUAGCGAUCGCCAUGCCCAAGCGGAAAUAA